AUGUCUGAAGAAUGGCAAGCACAGGAGAGAAGAUACCAAAGCAAUUCAAGCCUCCGGACUUUCACCAAGAUCGAGAUCCCGUCAUGGCAGGAUAUUGCGGGCAUAACACAGCACCCGUGGAUGUCAAGGCAGCGUUUGGAGAAUGAGUACGCCGUCCUGACCUACAUUGGAAAAAUGACCAAUAUUCCUGUGCCAAGGCCAUACAGUCUCGAAAGCGUGGAUGGGUGCCUCACAUUGACUACAGAGUGGAUUGAUGGGGUUCCCUUCGAUGACCUUGAUCCGGGGAUUCGGUCUGAAACAUAUCUCGACCAAUAUGUCCGUUCAUUCAUACUCCCGGAACUGGGUGCUCUAACGUCCCACAUCUCGGGCACUCUUAAAGGGACUGUGAUACCGCCUCGUCGAGUGUUCGAGCGGUUUCCGGGACAGUGGGUUCCCCAAACAUCAGGAGAGAUCUUCCACUUCACCCACAACGACCUCUCCCAACACAACUUUUUGUGCAAUCCAACAACGGGCAAAGUCAUGGCAGUCAUCGAUUGGGAGUUCGCCGGUUUCUAUCCGACGUACUUUGAAGCUCCAUUCUGGACCAAGCCAUUCAUUGAAAUCGAGGAUGAAGAAGAAGAAGUUGAAAGGCUAUUGAAAUUUCUGGGUCCCAGUCCACCGGAAUCAGAGCGAUAA